CUCUUUGCUCUUUAUGUUUGCUCAGCUGCGCUUCUGCAACAAAGCAGAAGCGCCAUAUUGAAAACAGAUGAAACGUCUAUGCCCUUGUAAUCCUGUUGCUUGAAGAGGCAAAAUGUCGCCUGCUCCUGUGAUCCCCGAAACGCAGCAAAAUCCGCAGCUGCAGACGUUGGCUAAAGCGUUUGAGGCUCUUCUCUUGACAGUCCACCAGCUGAAUGACAAGGAGAGGAGUUUGCAGCAAAGGUUGAAAUAUGCCAACGAACAGUAUUCCAAAUUAGCAGGUCGAAUCCCCGGCGGAACCGAUACCCAUACCAAGAUCGUCGCGGAGAAGAUCCUUCGCUGCUCUCCAGAUCCCAUCCCACCUCAUGAACAGUCGCUCAAAGCUUCUGAUGUAGUCAAUACUCUUGCAGAAUCUGGUCACGUAGGAGAACCGAUUGUCAACGCUAUUAGGGAAGGACUGGACUGCUACCAAUCAGUACCACGUCCUCCAGAUGAUAAUUUGCUCACAAAUCCCAAUCCAUGCGUCGUUGCGACGAGGGCCGAUACACCUGCCCGUUUAGAAAAAGACUUCACGACAAAGGGCACGCAGGGAAGCCUGCGGUGCCCCUUCGCGAAGCUAAACAAUAAAGCCUCUGAAAAUGGGGCCCUCAACGGGGUCGAAGAUGCCUUUGACUCCCAUAACCAUGACGCGUGUGGACACGAUGUCGAUCCCAUCAAGGCCGAAAAGAACGAAAGGCGUUCCAGUCAGGCCGGUUCUGCGAGAUCGUCGACGGCCCGAUGCCCCAUCUCCAAAUGCCCUAUUAGGUUUUUGGACCAGCACACUCCGGAAGAAGUUGCUGAAUAUGUCGAGAGACACAAGCACGAAAUACCUAGAAGCCAUGCGAUAUGCGUUUCACGAUACCAGAGAGACUCGUCAAGCAUGCGGCAUUUAGAUGCAAAGUACGGUAAUCUCAUCAGCAUGAUCCGAGGCCUGUCGGUGAAACACCAAGCGUUCCUCCCGGGUGCUGAGAAUGGUGCCUCGGGCUCCAGCUCCUCUGCGGAGCGAGUGGAAAAAUGGGCGGAAGAUGUUGGCCGCACACCGAAACAGGAGAUGCACCCUACCAUCAAGGAGGAAGAGGGAGAGGGUCACCAAGAGGAGGAACGACAGGGCCACUUUGAUCGUCCACUACGUGAUAUCCGUCUUGGGGAAUCUCCAAGCAGGCCUUGGGGAAUCCCUGUUCCCAUUCCGCUAGAUCCGUUACCAACAUCUCCUCUCCAAUCCCCACCUGCUCCAGUUCCGCCUCAAACACAGUCGAACAAACCUCCAGACCAUGCUGUCACGGACGAAGCUUCUGUCGCACCCCUGCAAGAAACCACCCCGAAUGAGUCCGAUGCAGCCCCACCACCUCGUCGAUGCCCCUUUGGCCACGGUGCACCGAAGCCUCCUGCACCUAAACCUGAACCUAAACCCGAAAGAAUAGAGCCGGAGACACAGACGAUUCGGAAUGAUGACAGCAAGGGCCAGGCCCCUGAUGCUGCAAACGACCCUGGGGAACCACCCGACGGCCCUCAGCCGAAUAACUCGAAACCUUCUGCGCCUGCGAAUAUCGUUUUCAAUGGCCCAGUAUUUUUUGGAUUCUCUCCCGAGCAGACGGCUGUUUUCUUACAGCAGCUACAACAGCUUGGUGGUUUAGGCCAAACAUAAUUGAUAGUCAUAUUUCUCCUGGACAUAUUUUUGAUACGAAGCUGUGAAACCAGCUUAUCGUCACUAGUACAUACAAUACAUUGAAUAAUAUGAUACCCUUGUACCCCUG